CUCCCUGAAGUUUGCAAUGCGGGCCCAUUGUCCGACUCCGACGUGGACGAUGAUCAAUUGCAAUUCGGCAAAAUCUUGCAGAGAAGAUGGUCGCACCCAAAUGUACAUAGGUACGUAUCUCGCACGUUCUACCGUGAAGAUAGGUCACGCAUCAUGUGACGCAGCUGUUGUGCUGCGUGUAUUGGCGUUGAAUCAGCUUUUUUGAAGUUGAGAGUUUUUGGAGGUGAGCCCCAUCUUGCCAAGCAAGACAAGGUGGCGCACAACGUGCCAUGGCUCCACCUGAGGCAGGAAGCAGCGGUCCUGCCAUGAGCUCAAGGGUUCUGCGGUCGACCCCUUCUAGAAUGACUAGAGACAAAGCCGUGAGCGACAGCGAGAGGACCAUGACAGGGCAGGGGGAGGGGAUGGCCCAAAGCCCAACUAGUGUAAGGAAGGGCUUCAAGAAUGAGGGCACUCACCCACAACUACAAGAUGCAGUGAAGCAAGAUCUGUCCUUCUCAAAUGCUCUGAGCCAGGGAAGCGACGUGCCCAUUCAGACCAAGGUUCGGAAGGUUGGAUCCGUGAGGACGUCUCUCGGUCCGGCAGAGAAUGCUACUGCCAAGACACUGCUCAAGAGUCUGAAAAGGAAGGAGUGCUCGGCGGGGAAAGAACCUGAGGCAUCGAAGAAGGCUAGGCGGUCAAAUCCAGGAGUUCGUGUUGUCGGAGGCAAGGUUUACGACAGCGAGAACGGCACCACUUGUCAUCAAUGCAGGCAGAAGACUUUGGAGCUGACCGCGGUUUGCAAGCAGAGCAACUCGAAGUGCAAGCGGGGCUUCUGCAGCAAGUGCCUCUUUAACAGGUAUGGAGAGAAGGUGGAGGAUGUGACCCAAUUGGAGUCCUGGGCAUGCCCGUUUUGCCGGGGCUUGUGCAACUGCAGCAACUGCCGGAAGAAGAAGGGCCUGCAAGCCACGGGCAUCCUGGCGCACGUCGCAAAGGCCCAGGGGUUUGUCUCGGUUGCCGCUCUUUUGAAGAUCGCCCCAAAGGCAACUCAGCCAUCUUCUUCCGAGCGGAUUCUCAAACAAACGAGCCCCAACUCUGCUGAGAUGCCGCAUGCCGGUCGCCCUUCCGUAUCCACCCCGGCAAAAAACCCUCCCAAGGCGAGGACACUCGAUGCGACCAACACCAAAGCCCACUCUUCUCACACAGCCGGUGCCAGGACGCCAAACUCAAAUCGGCGCAAGUCAUCGACAGCCAGCCCCGCUGCGGAGGCUGCCUUGGCUCUGCCUUAUCUUGUGUCGGAGACAGUCCCCGAAACUCCGGAGCCUCUCACUCCCCCAACGAAGAGGCUAAAAGCACCCGGGCUUGGCCUAACCCCUCCCAAACAGCAGGCCGAAGCUCAGCGGUUGGCGGAACUGGGUAGCGGCUCAGAUGGCGAGAAAGGAGAACGGCAGGCGUCCCCUGAGGUGGCCCCCAAGGUCGAUGCAGGAGUGGUGGAGAAAAAGAAGAGAAAGAGGAAGGCGGUGCUCCCCGUCGAGGCUGUGACGCAGCUGCCUCGCCCCACCUCGUCUCCUGUCGAGACGCUCCACGGAGUGCCCGUCCCUGCUGCACUUGUGGGCGACGUAUUGCAGAUCCUGGAGUUUCUGGCAACAUUCACGGAGGCGAUCGACAUUCCGCACCUGUCAGAAAGCAAGCUGUUGCACGAGCUGCUCGAAGCGGAAAAGCUGCCCCGAGGGGACCGCUGCAUGCUCGGACAGGUCCAAGCUCGGCUGCUGUCUCUGGUGCUCGUAGAGCGGGGCCAGGCGCCCGUGAGCGCCUCACGGUGGCUGCCCGCCCUGCACGACCACGUAAACGCUCACCCCCUCAUGCACCACAUUCUCGAGCGACAACUGGAAGCCCGCCAGCAGAGCCCAAAUGAGAAGGAGCCAGUCGUGGAAGAGACGCCGGACAGGAAGUGUGGGAGUGUGCAGAAAUCGAGGAGGGAGUCGGAUGUAAAGUCAGUUGGAAGAAGCGAGGAGGAAGGGGAUACGGCGGUGAAUGGACUGAGCGAGGGGGUGCGGAUCUUGGAGGCACUGGCGGAUCAGAAGACGGGAUACAUGCAGCUCAGUCCUGCCGACCGGGUGUUCCUGCUGAAGCUGCUGUGCGACGACGCCCUCGAGACGGCCGCGGUGCGCGCUGUCAUGGAAUCCGCCCUUACCGCCGCGGAAGAAGCCGCGCGACGGCAGCGGAAGGACGUGACGACGGCGCGGGAGGAGGCCAAGGAAGCGCGGGCCAAGCUGCGGGAAGUAGAGAUGGCCCAGCUGCUGGGCUUGAAGGGCGAGCGCACCCCGCUCUCCCCUUCCGCGGAGGAGAGGAUCGUAGCGGUUGUGCGCGAGCAGGCUGCGAAGCUCGCCGCCGCGGUAGCUGCAACCAAGCGCCCUGCGAGUGGCUGCCCGGAAGGGGUCGAGUGCCGCGAGAUGCGCCUUCCGCCGCUGGGGGGGGAGCCUCGGGGCGUGCACUACUGGAAGCUGGCCGGGGCUGACGAACUUUUGAUGACCCAGGAUAUGGCGCCACAGCGUUUGCACGGGGACAGCUGGUUGCAGUCUACUCCAGACGAAAUCGCUGCUUAUACGACCGAGUUGCGAUCGGUUGGGUUUCCGGGGCAGCGCUUAGAAGCAAAACUAAGAGCCGCUUUUCUUGAGGAAGAAGGGCAGGAAGCUUGACUUCGAAGAUGUCACGUAUGAGAGCCCUUGCACAAGGGGCGCGGCCAACGGUAGCAGUGACGCGAUAUCUGCACGGCCAUUCAAUGUUGCAGAUUGACUGUACAUUCAAACCAUCUGGCCUGAUGUACAUUCAAACCAUCUGGCCUGAGGAACUGCAACCCAUGUGGCUU